UGUCUUUUCAUUCAUUAAAUUCUGCAAUUCAUCAUAACAUGCUUGGCUUUCGAUGAGACACCUGCAAACGCUAGUUUGUUUCUUGACCACUUCAAGUCGUCGAUAUCCAUGGCUCUUGUGAGAGCAUCCGAUCCACAAACCUCCUCUGUUUCCAGUGCUUCUCGAUAUUGUCGUUAUCACGUGUUCCUGAGUUUCAAAGGCCAAGACACUCGCAAGACUUUCACUGACCACCUCUACACGGCCCUUGUCAACGCUGGAUUUCGCACUUUCCGAGACGACGACGAAGUCGAGAGAGGAGAAGCUAUCAAGCCCGAACUGCAGAAAGCAAUCAAACACUCACGAACUUCUGUUAUUGUGUUCUCAAAAAACUACGCAUCGUCCAGAUGGUGUCUUGACGAGCUCGUCAUGAUCCUUGAACGGCUCUCAGCUGACCAUGUCGUUUUACCUGUCUUCUACGACGUGGAUCCAUCCGAUGUGCGGAACCAGACAGGAAGUCUUGCAAAGGCAUUUGCUAGACACCAAAAAACCCAACCGUCGAACAAAGUGAAGGAAUGGAGGGAGGCACUUGCAGAGGUUGCAGAUCUGGCAGGGAUGGUCUUACCAAAUCAAGCUAAUGGACGUGACUCAAAGUUUAUCAAUAAGAUUGUUCAAGUGAUAGGAGAAAAACUAAGGCGUAGACCCCUAAGUGUUCCCCACAUCAUGAUCGGAAUGCAUUCUCGAGUCAACGAACUUAACUUAUGGUUACAAGAUGGAUCAGAUGAUGUCGGUAUACUUGUAAUUUAUGGCAUGAGUGGAAUAGGGAAGACAACCAUUGCAAAGUCUCUUCAUAAUACAAACUUUGGAAGAUUUGAAGGAAGUAGCUUCAUCGAAAACAUUAGAGAAAUUUCACAACAACCCAAUGGCUUAGUUCAAAUACAAAAACAAUUUCUUUCUGACAUUUUGAAUGGGAGAAAAAUGAAAAUAAGCAGUGUUAGUGAGGGAUUAAUUAAGAUUGAAGAUGCAAUAAGCUCUAAAAGGGUUCUUCUUGUUCUCGAUGAUGUGGAUCAUAUAGACCAAUUAGAUGCAGUAUUUCAAAGGAAAGAUCGAUUUUAUCCGAGAAGUAAAAUCAUCAUAACAACUAGGCGUGCAAGAUUGUUAAAGGCUCGUCAAGUUACUAAGGUGUAUGCAGUUGGAACUUUGACUCAAAAAGAAUCAUUGGAGCUCUUCAGUUGGCACGCUUUUGGCCAAGACCAUCCUAUUGAAGAUUACAUAGAAUAUUCAGAGAAGCUAGUCGAUCAUUGCGGAGGACUUCCAUUAGCUCUCAAAGUUUUAGGUUCUUCUUUGUUGGGGGAAAGUACAUGUCUAUGGAAAAGUGCAUUGGAGAAGUUAGAAGCUAUUCCAAAUGGUGAAAUAAUAAAUAAACUAAGAGUAAGCUAUGACUCUUUGCAAGAUGACCAUGACCGAAAUUUAUUCCUCCACAUUGCUUGUUUUUUUAUCGGAAUGGACAAAGAUUAUUCCUCCACCAUGACCGAAAAUACUGGAUGGAUGUGAU